GCGACCGAAAUCUCCACACUGAAGAUGGCGGCUCUCAUCAGCCCGUACAAAUAACAACCAGUGUAAAAGUGGGAGAGGCGAGCACUGGAGCUACACGCGUCCGUGGAGUCCGUCAAAAUAAAAAUAAAUAAAAAAAAAUAGCCCCCACUGUCGCGCUCGUGCCGCUGCCUCGAGUCUCGGACGCAUCGCCCUUCCUCCUGCCGUUCAGGUGCUCGCGCCGCGCCACGCGCCCUGCUGCUCGCGCUGUGCUGCGCUGCACUGCCCUCGCGCUGGGAGAGUCUCUUCCUCCGCCGCCAUUUUGUAGCAGCGAGAAGCUCUUCGUGAGGAACCGGCAGUUCUCCUUUAGUUCUGCCCUUUAGCGCUCAGAAUGACUAAUGAGGAACCUCUUCCAAAGAAGGUUCGCCUUAGUGAAUCUGAUCUGAAGACACUCACCAGAGAGGAGUUGUGUGCCAGGUGGAAGCAGCAUGAAGCCUACGUCCAGGUGCUGGAGGCCAAAUAUGCAGAUCUAAAUUCCAAUGAUCUAACGGGCCUGAAGGAAUCUGAGGAAAAGCUCAAGCAGCAACAGCAGGAGUCUGCUAGGAGGGAGAACAUCCUGGUCAUGAGGCUGGCAACUAAGGAGCAGGAGAUGCAGGAGUGCACUACCCAGAUCCAGUACCUGAAGCAAGUGCAGCAGCCACGUGCCGCCCAGCUGAGGUCCUCCAUGGUGGAUCCGGCAAUCAACUUGUUUUUCCUUAAAAUGAAGAGUGAACUGGAACAGACUAAAGAUAAACUGGAGCAAGCCCAAAAUGAACUGAGUGCCUGGAAGUUUACACCUGAUAGCCAAACGGGCAAAAAGUUGAUGGCGAAAUGCCGGAUGCUCAUUCAAGAGAAUCAGGAGCUGGGACGGCAGCUCUCACAGGGCCGUAUCGCCCAGCUGGAGGCAGAGCUGGCCCUGCAGAAGAAGUACAGUGAGGAGCUCAAGAGCAGUCAGGAUGAACUGAAUGACUUCAUCAUCCAACUGGAUGAGGAGGUGGAGGGCAUGCAGAGCACCAUCUUGGUCCUGCAGCAGCAGUUGAAGGAGACCAGGCAACAGCUGUCUCAGCAAGUCCAGCUUCAAUGCCCCACCCCUGGCACCAGCCGGCCCGCCUCUGGUGAGACCCCUGGCACGACCGAUACGUCAGCCAAAGACUGCAGCAGAGUGGCCAACGGACCAGCCAACGGUAACCCACAGCAGAGGACAGCAAGCGGCAGUCUCUACAAGGAGGUCAGCAGCACUGAAGAGGACUUCCCACAAUCCCCCGUCUCUGAGAGCAAGCUAGCCAAUCACUCGGAAGACCGACCCAGCAGGGGUGGCAGCUACAUGAAUCAGCUGAGCGCCGGCUACGAGAGCGUGGACUCACCCACCGGCAGCGAUGCCUCCCUCACGCAGCACUCAAACGACACAGACUCAGCUAACGACCCUCAGGAGGAACAGGCUGUCAGCGGCAAGGUUAGAACUGGGGGUUCCCGCCAUGCUCAGAAUGGCUUGGACUCGGCGGCGAGCACACACACCGUGGUUUCGUAACGUUCUUCACACACUUUUUGUAUUCAAAAGACUAAAUAGUGUCAUUAAACAUUUGGCUGAGGAUAUUGUCCACGAUUGUCAGGACUUACCUUUUGUUUGUGUUCCCCCCCUUGCCCCCCCUUUUUUCUUUUUUGCUUCUUGUGGUAUCUCUGCCGCACUUGAUAUUUUUAAUUGUGUUGCUAAAGGAGAACAAGAAAGACCGUAGAUAAGGAUCUUUUUUUUUUUUUUUUUUUUAACCGUU